AUGAUAAGCGCCCUCCGUAACACAUCGCCCACGGCGUCUUCCUACGACGACACUAGCUCCGUGGCCUCAAGCCGCGAUACCUCGCACAGCACCGUGGACUCCAUCGACGCCACCAGCUCAGUCAGUUCAAAGGAGGGGAACCGGAUGCUCGAUGGGCUGCGCCUUGAAGUUGACUUGCGUGACGAACGUAUCAAAGAGCUUGAAAGCGCGUACGAGGAGCUCUUGCGGAAGGCAAAGUACGACGAGGGACAGCUGCGCUGCGAACUAGAGCAAGCUGUAGGCAGCCUUGCAAACGCUGAGAGCGCGAUUGAAAAACUCCAGAGCGCGAAGGAAGCUGCGGACAGUGAGCGCUGGAAGAUGGUUGAGCGUGCUGCCGCCUUGGCGGUCGAACGACAAACAGCCAUAAAGGAGGCUCGCGCUGCCGAGGAAGAAAAACAGGCGGUUGUCCGUCGCUAUCAGGCGAAAGAGAAGGAAAACGCGAACACCAUCAAGGAGUCCGACACUGUCGUCUUGAAGGUCGACCACCAGAGAGCCACUGAGGCCCUCAAGGCGGCCGAGGCUGAGAAGCAGAAGGCUGCGGAGGCUCUCAAGGCUGAGCAGCAGAAGGCUGCUGAGGCUGAGAAGAAGGCUGUGGAUGCCCUCAAGGCUGCUGAGGCUGAGAAGCAAAAAGCGGCCGAGGCUCUCAAGGCUGCUGAGGCUGCGAAGAAGGCUACAGAGGCCCUCAAGGCUGAGCAACAGAAGGCUGCGGAGGCCCUCAAGGCUUCCGAGACUGAAAAGCAGAAGGCUGUUGAGUCGGCGAAGAAGGCUUCGGAGGCCCUCAAGGCUGCCGAGGCUGAAAAGCAGAAGGCUACGGAGGUUGAGAAAAAGGAUGCUGACGCUGAGAAGAAGGCUGCUGAGGCUGCGAAGAAGGCUGCAGAGGCUCUCAAGGCUGAGCAACAGAAGGCUGCUGAGGCCCUCAAGGCUUCCGAGACUGAAAAGCAGAAGGCUGCUGAGGCUGCAAAGAAGGCUGCGGAGGCCCUCAAGGCUGCUGAGGCGGAGAAGCAGAAGGCUGCCGAGGCUCUCAAGGCUGCGGAGGCUGAGAAAAAGGCUGCCGAGGCUGCGAAGAAGGCUGCAGAGGCUCUCAAGGCUGAGCAGCAGAGGGCUGCGGAGGUUCUCAAGGCUGAGCAACAGAAGGCUGCUGAGGCCCUCGAGGUUGCCGAGGCUGAAAAGCAGAAGGCUGCUGAGGCGGAGAAGAAGGCUGCGGAGGCUGAGAAGCAGAAGGCUGCGAAGAAGGCUGCUGAGGCCCUUAAGGUGACUGAGGCUGAAAAACAGAAGGCCGCGGAGGCUCUCAAGGCUGAGCAACAGAAGGCUGCCGAGGCUGAGAAGAAGGCUACAGAGGCCCUCAAGGCUGCCGAGGCGGAGAAGAAGGCUGCCGAGGCUCUUAAGGCUGAGGCGGAGAAGGCUGCCGAGGCUGAGAAGAAGGCUGCCGAGGCUCUCAAGGCUGAGCAACAGAAGGUUGCCGAGGCUGAGAAGAAGGCUACAGAGGCCCUCAAGGCUGCCGAGGCGGAGAAGAAGGCUGCCGAGGCUGUGAAGAAUGCUACAGAGGCCCUCAAGGCUGAGCAACAGAAGGCUGUGGAGGCUCUCAAGGCUGAGCAACAGAAGGCUGCGGAGGCUCUCAAGGCUGCCGAGGCCCUCAAGGCUGAGCAACAGAAGGUUGUCGAGGCUGAGAAGAAGGCUACAGAGGCCCUCAAGGCUGCCGAGGCGGAGAAGAAGGCUGCCGAUGCUCUUAAGGCUGAGGCGGAGAAGGCUGCCGAGACUGAAAAGCAGAAGGCUGCCGAGGCUGUGAAGAAUGCUACAGAGGCCCUCAAGGCUGAGCAACAGAAGGCUGUGGAGGCUCUCAAGGCUGAGCAACAGNAGGCUGCGGAGGCCCUCAAGGCUGAGCAACAGAAGGUUGCCGAGGCUGAGAAGAAGGCUGCCGAGGCUCUCAAGGCUGAGCAACAGAAGGCUGCGGAGGCUGAGAAGAAGGCUGCCGAGGCGGAGAAGAAGGCUGCCGAGGCGGAGAAGAAGGCUGCCGAGGCGGAGAAGAAGGCUGCCGAGGCCCUCAAGGCUGAGCAACAGAAGGCUGCCGAGGCUCUCAAGGCUGCCGAGGCCCUCAAGGCUGAGCAACAGAAGGUUGCCGAGGCUGAGAAGCAGAAGGCUGCCGAGGCUCUCAAGGCUGAGCAACAGAAGGCUGCGGAGGCUGAGNAGAAGGCUGCCGAGGCUGAGAAGAAGGCUACAGAAGCCCUCAAGGCUGAGCAACAGAAGGUUGCCGAGGCGGAGAAGAAGGCUGCCGAGGCCCUCAAGGCUGAGCAACAGAAGGCUGCCGAGGCUCUCAAGGCUGCGGAGGCCCUCAAGGCUGAGCAACAGAAGGUUGCUGAGGCUGAGAAGCAGAAGGCUGCCGAGGCUCUCAAGGCUGAGCAACAGAAGGCUGCCGAGGCUGAGAAGAAGGCUGCCGAGGCGGAGAAGAAGGCUGCCGAGGCGGAGAAGAAGGCUGCGGAGGCUCUCAAGGCUGCCGAGGCCCUCAAGGCAGAGCAACAGAAGGCUGCCGAGGCCCUCAAGGCAGAGCAACAGAAGGCUGCCGAGGCGGAGAAGAAGGCUGCGAAGGCUGCGAAGAAGGCUGCGGAGGCCCUCACAGCUGCUGAGGCUGAUCGGAAGAAGAUGCUUGAACUUUCGAACGAAAGCACGGGAGCGAUCAGCAACACGACUCCGCUUCUGGGAGAAGGUGGCAAUGCUUCCAAUAAAGGUAGAGGUGGUUUUUGGCAGUGCUUCUGCGUCACAAUGUGA